AUGAUAUUGGUUUCCUUGGAAAUAAUGUUGGCCCUUUGGUUUUGCAUAUUGUUAUUGCUGGUGGCCUUCUUCAUACAACUCGGAGAAGGAGGAGAAGCCCAAAAUCCGUGCGAACGUGUAGAACGGUGUGGAUACCAAGAUAUCAAAUUCCCAUUCAGGCUUAAAGGUCGCCACCCUGAUCAUUGUGGGUAUCCUGGUUUUGAGCUCUCUUGCACUGAAAAACGCCAGACAGUUCUUGAGCUCCCAAAUAGUCCAACAAAAUUUUACGUUUAUUGGAUAGGUUAUGAGAAUCAGGAACUUGAAUUUUACGAUCCUGAAAAUUGCACCCUGACAAAUAUCCAUUUACCAGUUAGUCCCUUCCAUUUCAAUGAAACAAACAGUAAUUUUUUCUUGUUAAAUUGUUCUACGCUAGAAAGAAAAAAACAUAGCGAUGAAAACUUUGGCAUGAUUACUUGCCUUAGUGGGCCUACCUUCCAAAUUUAUGCCGUUGAUUCUGCUGGUUAUUUCUUAGAUGAUUUGCCCAUAGUGCAGUGUUCGAUCGUAGAUAAAAAAACUCUGUAUUUCCCAAAUAGUCUAAUAUGGUUUGAACCAGAUUGUACACUUUGUGAAAGAAACAAAAAAAGUUGUCGAUUGAAGAGCAAUGGCACAGGAGCUGAAACGGAAUGUUUUCUCCCUGUAAUCCAAGGUAAAAAUGAAUCAAGAAAAUUUGUGGCCAGUGGUGUAUGCAUUGGUGCAUUUGUCCUCGUAGUAGUGAUCAUUUUAGGUUAUCGUGAUUAUAGUAUCAAGAAGUUGGAAAAAGAGAGUGAGCUGAGAAUUCAAAGUUUUCUGGAGGAUUACAAGGCUCUAAAGCCAAGCAGAUAUUCCUAUGCGGAUAUUAAGAGGAUUACAGAUCAAUUCAAGGACAAGUUGGGACAAGGAGCCUAUGGAACAGUAUACAAAGGAAAACUGUCUGCUGACUGUUCUGUUGCUGUAAAAAUCCUCAAUAGUACAAAGGGAGAUGGAGAGGACUUUAUCAACGAGGUUGGCACGAUGGGUCGAAUUCACCAUGUCAAUGUGGUUCGGUUGGUUGGAUUCUGUGCGGAUGGAUUUCAACGAGCUCUGGUUUACCAGUUCUUACCAAAUGGUUCACUGCAGAAGUACAUAUCUUUGCCAGACACAGAUCAUUUCCUUGGUUGGGAAAAACUGCAAGAUAUUGCUUUAGGUAUAGCCAAAGGAAUCGAAUAUCUUCACCAGGGGUGUGACCAACAGAUCCUACAUUUUGAUAUAAAACCUCAUAAUAUAUUGCUAGACCAUAACUUCACUCCAAAGAUUUCAGAUUUUGGUUUGGCAAAGUUGUGUUCCAAGGAACAAAGCAUGGUGUCAAUGAAUACAGCCAGAGGGACCAUUGGGUACAUUGCACCAGAAGUGUUCUCUAGGAACUUUGGGAAAGUAUCUUAUAAGUCAGAUGUUUAUAGUUUUGGAAUGUUAUUGCUUGAAAUGGUAGGAGGGAGAAAGAACACUGAUGUUGGAGCAGAGGACACGGGUGAAAUUUACUACCCAGAAUGGAUAUAUAAUCUGCUGGACGAAGGAGAAGAUCUUCGAAUCCACAUCGAGAAGGAGGGAGAUGCUAAAAUUGCAAAGAAUCUUGCAAUUGUAGGGCUAUGGUGCAUCCAGUGGUACCCUGUGGAUCGCCCUUCCAUGAAAGUUGUGCUUCACAUGCUGGAAGCAGAGGAAGAAUUAAGUGUGCCCCCUAAUCCUUUUGGCUCUGUUGGUCCAACAAAAACAACCAGGACUGUGGUGGCUGCAAAACUCGUGAACACGCAAUUAGAAGCAAUUGCGGAGUAAGAAUGAGUACAAUUUUUUUACUAGAAUUUUAAUUGUUGAACUCUUAUUGUAAGCCUAAAACGUUCUGCUCUCUUUUUCAUAGUAUCUUCAGUUUGCAAGCACACCAGAAAGAAUAAGUUGAAAAUCAAGGAACUUGGACAACUUUUGAAUGAGCAUAGUUUAAAUUAUGGUCUGUGUGCAUGUUGCAUUGUCAAUCUUUUUAGUGGGAAUCUAUCAAAGAACAGAAAAUCUUACUUUGAGUUGUGUUAUAUUAAUGGGUAAUUUGACAUUAUGACAGACAUCACAAAGAUUAGCGUUA